CGUAAACUAUGUCCUGAAUGUCCAUCUAUUGAUGAUCUGGAAAAAGAAGGAUAUUAUAUCUCGCCUAUUGUUUUAGCCAACGAAACACCCAAGAAAAAAAGGAAGAUGCAAGAAAAAGAUACUCAUAAAAGUAAAUCUAAAAGGGCCACAAAACCCAAAGCAAUUAUUCGAGAGUUAUCUGUUGCUUCAACUAGCAGUGGACCAUCAAUCAGCGCUCCUUCUGAAACUACCAAUAUUGGUGAAAUUUCUAAUCAAUUCCAUAAACUAUACUACGAC